AUGCCUAGGAUGUCCGACUUGUCCGUGCGCCGUCCUCGCUCCGGGGAUUACAUCAGCCUUAGUCAAGCGGACCUCCUGAGCCAGACACGGCCGCUGACGCUCCGCUUCAAGGAUGAGAAGACGGAGCACGCCUACCGGCAUCACCGCGAGACAUUCAGCGGCGCCGCGACCACCGGCGUGCCGCUCGUGCUCGUCGUCGUCGCCUUCGCCAGGCUCGUCGUGCUGCCCAGAGCUGGCGGCGGCGGGUGGGUGCUGCUGGCGGGCGCGGUCAUCCUGACGGCCAUGGCGGCGGUGUCGGCCGCCCGAUCCUUCCCUCUGAGAGUGUGCUCCGCCCUGCUCGUGGCCAGCGACAAGGUGCACACCGCCGUCGGCCUCCGCGUCGCCUGGUUCACCACGCUCGUCGUCCUCGCCGCGGCCGUCAACACCCUCGACAUGUACUUGUGCGACAAGACCCUGCUGUUUGGCGUCGGCUCGGCGGCCGGCAACAACUCGUUCAUGGUUCCGCUGUCGAGCCUCAACGACUCUGCACUGAGCGACGAGUCGGUGCGUAUCGUGUACGAGGUGCUCCGCGGGGCCUUCGACAACGUCACGAGCCCGGAUGUCAACGAGGACGCCCUUAUCUGCCCCCACCCGGCCUACUACUCCUACUUCACGCUGCUCAUUCUGCUCGCGGCGUCGCUCCUGGCGCAGGUGAGCUACAUGCUGAAGAGUCUGGUGAUGGUGAUGGUGGUGGCCGUGCAGUGCGUGAUGAACCUGCUGGUGAUGAGGCCGCUGAUGGACAACGCCGAUGGCUGGGCCAGUUCUCAAGACCUCAGAGUUGUCCGAGAAAGCGUGAGUUUGUCUGUGGAGCUUUGCCUCAUCACUCUACUGCUUAUUGUACUCAACAGACAGACUGAAAAAACAUCAAGAGUGUUGUACCUGUGGCGCCAAGAAGUGGAGGAACAGCGCGAGAGAGCAGCAGACAUUCGACAAAGGAACGAAGCGCUAGUCUACAACAUUCUUCCACAACAUGUAGCCACACACUUCAUGGGCAUUCGUAGAAAGAAGCACGAGGAGCUUUAUUCUCAGAGCUAUGAGGAGAUUGGCGUCCUCUUUGCAUCUAUGCCAAACUUUGGAGACUUCUACUCAGAAGAGUCUGUCAAUAACCAAGGACUAGAAUGUCUUCGAUUCCUCAAUGAAGUGAUAUCUGACUUUGACGGGCUGCUAGAAUCAGUACAGUUCCAUGACAUCAUCAAGAUAAAGACCAUUGGAUCUACUUAUAUGGCUGCAAGUGGGCUCAAUCCAUCUAGACAAGUGAAGGAGGACGACCCAGUCAAAGUGCGAUGGGCACACUUAGCGCUGCUAGUGGAUUUUGCUUUUGAACUCGUAAGAGCCCUGCAGUCCAUCAAUGAACAGUCCUUCAAUCACUUUGUGCUAAGAAUGGGUAUUAAUCAUGGACCCAUCACCGCUGGUGUUAUAGGAGCACGUAAACCCCACUACGACAUCUGGGGUAACACGGUCAAUGUUGCCUCAAGAAUGGAGUCCACUGGCAAGGCUGGCUGUAUACAGGUUACUGAAGAAACCACAAAGAUUCUGCAGCACUUUGGGUAUGUUUUUGAGCAGCGUGGUCUAAUAGCUGUCAAAGGAAAGGGAGAGCUUAUGACAUAUUACUUGGUUGGUAAGGCAGCCAGUCCUCAGCAAGUUAAUGGAGAAUCCCUCGGUUACUCUCAGCAAGGAGACACUACAAACACUUGAGGAUAUAUAAUAUAAUGUAAUAUUAUUCACAGUCAGCCAAGAUCACAUAAUCAGAUACAUGUGUAUUUGCUGUUAAGACACAAGCUGGAAAUCAGAUACAGGUUCUAUGUGCUGAUACUAGAAUUGUGUGAAGAAGUCUAGAUUUACCAGAAAUUUGCCAGAAAAGACAAACCAGAGUUAGAAGUGUUAUCCUCUCAGUAUAGAGUUGUAAUAGGAACAUGAAAAACUUUUAUGUUUGUGUAGAUAGAAAGUAUUACUGGAAGAGUUCUUUAAACAUAGCUUGCAUUAGACUAUAAAAGAUAGGAAAAAUUGAUAGCACACUUGUAUUCUUUGGUUUUCACUUGAAAGAACUGUAACUUCCUUUAAGAAAUCUAGUCACUAUGAAGUUUAUUCUUUACUUAUAUAUGUGUUGGCCAGUGUCUGUGUAAAUACAUAAAUAUUCAUUAGUAUAUUCUGGAUAAGUGUGUGUGUGUGUGUGUGUGUGUGUGUGUGUGUGUGCA